AUGUUUUUAAUUGGGUUAACGGGAGGCAUAGCUUCUGGCAAAUCGACGGUCAGUGAAAUGUUUAGAAGAUUGGGCUCUGCUGUAAUAGAUGCUGACAAAGUGGCCAGGGAAGUGGUACUGCCAGGUAAACCAGCAUGGAAGAAAAUCAAACAGAUAUUUGGGGAAGAGUUUAUUUUAGACAAUGGUAGUGUAGAUAGAGAUAAACUAGGACAAGUGAUUUUUAAUGAUGAUAAAAAACGAAAACUGUUAAAUUCUAUCACACAUCCUGAAAUCCAGAAAAAUAUUAUUUGGAAAUGUGUUUGGUUGUUGAUUACUGGACACCAAUUUGUUAUAUUAGAUUUACCAUUGUUAUUUGAAACUGGGAAUAUGCUGCCAUAUUUGACGUUUACAGUGGUUGUUAGUUGUUCUACAGAUCAACAAAUCAAACGUCUGAUGUCACGAAAUAAUUUGACACGAGAAGAGGCUAUAAAUAGAAUUGACAUACAGAUGCCUUUAACCCAGAAAUGUCAUUUAGCAGCUGCUGUCAUUGACAAUAGCGGUGAACGAGAUCUGACAGAAAAGCAGGUUGUUGAUUGGUUUAAAAGAUUCUGUGCCUCAAGAGCUCAUUGGAAAGUCCGUAUUUUAAUAUUUCUGGCAUUCGUUGUUUUAUGGGGAUUUUAUAAAUUUAUUUUAGGGUUUUUUCGAUAAAACUGAGUCUGGCCUGAAAUUGUCUAGUAUAGUGUAAAAUUACAAUCUUUUUAGAAUGCAGAUGUGCAUAUUUAAUUUUGUGUUUUGCUGCAUAAAGUGAAACAUCCAUAUUUGUAUUUUAAAGGAAUUCUACCUGUUCGAAGGGACAUUCAAUUUUAAAUCUCAAACUUGGUCAAUAAGUGUAUAUAUUCAUCAGUUAGACUUACUAGGUACCAUAACUAAAGAAUAGAAUCUCUAUGUAGGACAAUAUAUCCAUUAAACUGAAUAAUUAUUGAAAAAUACCUAGUUUAAUGAAUUAUUACUUUUAUAGAUUUAUUAGAUUAUAGAGAGAUUCUGUUGUAUAGUUAUGACACCAGGUAAGUCCAGAGAUGAACAUAGACUCAUUUUGGAGGAGUUAAAAAAAUUUCAAUACUUUUGUCAUUCUGAGAGGUAGUGUACCUUUAAUCAGGUUAUGUAAAAUUCUAUGCUUGCAAUAAAUCAAGAUUUUCUAGUAAAAAGGGACCGUGGAUGAUUUAAUAUGUUUGUUGUGAAAUAUUUGGUUAAGGUCACUUGUUUAUGUUUAUAAAAUCGUAGCUACUGAUCUCUUGGACUUGGAAAUCUCGAUCUAAGCUACCAUUUUAUAAAUCUUUUCUUUUUUAUGC